UGCCGCCGUCGCCGUCGUCCCCCAGCAGCACCAACAACCCACGACUGCAGCCAUCACCACUGACGCCUUCCACCGGGGCUGAAAGAAGGCUGAGACUCCAGUCGUCUUGACCAGCGCACGGCUCCCUAUACAUGCAAAGUACACCCGCACACGACAGACAGCAGACGCGAGCUACGUAGAACCAAACUGUGUUCGGCUGUAUCGGCGACGACGACGACGACGACCACCUGCCAUGCGCUCCACCCGUCCAUGCGGGUCCCACCGCUCUCGACAUAUCCAGCUGCUCUCCUUCAUUCUCUUCGCUCUGGUCUUCCUGGCCAGACCAGUCUCGGCUGGAGAUGCCAGCGGAGACGACAACAGCGACAAUGGGCCCGCAGAGACGCCCACACCGACGACAGGGCCCAUCUUCCUGCCUCACUACGAUGCCGACGACUGGGACCUCGUGAGGGGGAGCAUCAUCUCAAAAAACGAGCGCUUGAACGAGACGACGUACACCAUCUUCUGCCCGACGCAGACGCCGCCCGCCUGCGAGAUUGACAUGGACUUUCCGUUCAUCGUGGUCUGCGGCGAGAGCACGGUCCGUUUCCACGGCACCGUCACCUCGACAUACACCGUCAACGUGGAAUGCGAGUUUAGCGAGACGACGGAGGUGACGUGCUCCGGCUACUCCAGCUUCGCGCCCGACUACUCGAACGCACCCUGGACCGGACCGACGGAGCUGUCGUGGACGUCGACGCUCGAGGGCACCGGCGUCGAGUGGGGUGUCCUCACCAUGGCCGACAAGCCCACGAGGACGGCUGACUCGCUUGGCAUGACCAUCACGACGGCCUCCCAGGUCUUUGCGUCCGGCGAGCAGUACUACAUCCCCGAGGAGACGGACAAGCCUGACGCGGCCGCGGGACUGGUCGGCAGGAUGUAUGCGUACGCAGCCGCCCUAUGGAGUGGCGUGCUCGGCCUGUACCUGUUCCUGUGAACAGACAGGACACAUCCAAUAUGGCAGCUGACCGGCGAUAUGCAUUACUGGGGCACUACAGAGCCCCAUUUGAACGACUCACGGCCGAUACACAUACAUACACAUACACACAACAAGCAUCAUUGCAUGGAGCGUGGGAACCGGGAGAAGACGAGAGCGUGCGCUGGGAACCAACAUUUUUG